GUUUACUCACAAAAUAAACAGGACGGCCAAAACACUAGUAUGCCGAUACUUAUAAAAGAUUUCACGUGGAGACAGACCGACGAGCGCGUAAUUGUCAAAAUACCUGUGCGGGGUCCCCCGCCCACCAAACUUGAUCUAUUCACUUGUGACAAUUUUAUCAAGUUACAUUAUCCACCGUUCUUGUGUGAGAUUUGUCUGAGGGAUGUGAUAAAUGACGAUCAGAGCGUCUGCAGACUGCUGAAAGAUGAAAUAGAAUUGGAACUAGUGAAAUCCAGCAAAGGACAAUGGGACCAAUUGGAGGCUGUGCUUACAAAAGCAGAAAAAUUGGAAGUGAAGAAGAGGGCGGUGGAAAUUGCUCAGCAAAGGAGCCAAGUACAGUGCAAAAAAAAGGAAGAACAGAGAUCGGAGCAACAGAGAGCGGCAGUGAGGUCUCAAAUAGCUCUGGAUACGACAGAGACAGAAGUCAUCAAUCACAUAAGGAAGGCAGAAAUAGACCAGGCCAUGUGCUCCUUGGAAAACUGGAGACAUCAGUCACAGAGCAAGCUGCUUGUGGCUUCAAAAACAAGCAGAGGCCAGGAGGAGAAGUGGAUUUGUUAUCGAAGACCUACGACCAGAGGAGCACGAUCCUCAAUGGCUCAAAGACAAGGGAGAUUCCUUCUAUAAUGUUGAGAAUUACCUGGGAGCAAUCAGUGCUUACAGUCAUGCCAUCAAACUAAAUCCAAAAAUACCUGCAUUGUAUUCGAAUCGAGCUGCCUGUCAUCUGGCAUUGGCCAACUAUAGGAGAGUUUUAGAAGAUACAACAAAG